GACAAAUAAAAAGCAAUAAGAUAACCGCCCGCGACCAGUCUUCCUGCAGCAAAGAGACGACACAGGAAUAAACCAUGCCGGUCCCUGCAGCGAAAGCAGAGGUGCAGGCAGAUUCUGAAGCCAGCUCGGAUGAGGCGACAGAGCUCACUGGGCUCUUCUUGGAGAAGCCGUCAGAUCAAGUGAUCGCUGUCGCAGGAACGGAUCUGAUCGUCAUUGCAAAGGUUGACUCGAGCGCCCUGGUGAAGAAACCCACCAUUAAGUGGCUGAAGGGAAAGUGGUUGGACUUGAGCAGCAAGGCUGGGAAACACAUGCAGUUUCAAGAAACCUAUGACAGGAAUACAAAGAUCUACACUUUUGAGAUGGUGGUGAAAAAAGUGGUGCCUGGAGACGCCGGUGGCUACAGGUGCGAGGUGACGUCCAAAGACAAAUGUGACAGCUCCGUCUUUCAGAUCUCCGUGGAGGCCUCCCAGCAAGAGCAGCACGCGGACAUUUUGUCUGCAUUCAAGAGAGCGGAUGCCGGCGAGGAUGAGGGCGACCUGGAUUUCAGCGCUCUUCUCAAAGCCUGCCAAGAAAGGAGGAAACCCGAAAAGGUAGAGGAUGAGAUAGACGUAUGGGAAUUGCUGAAAAGCGCCCACCCAAGCGAAUAUGAGAAAAUCGCUUUCAAGUACGGCAUCACCGACCUGAGGGGCAUGCUGAAACGUCUGAAAAAGAUGAAGGUGGAGCCCAAGCCGACCGAGGCUUUCCUGGCAAAACUGGAAUCUUGCUACACGGUGGACAAAGGCAAGAGAAUCGUCCUCAAGUGUGAGGUGAUGGAUCCCAACGCCCAAGUCAAAUGGUUGAAGAACGGCCACGAAAUCAACCCCUCUGCCAAGCACGUGAUGGAGACAAACGGGAACAUCAGAACGCUCACCAUCAACAAGACCACCCUGGCUGAUGACGCUGCUUACGAGUGUGUGGUCGGUGAAGACAAGUGUUUCACUGAGGUGUUCGUCAAAGAACCCCCCGUAACCAUCACCAAGCUUAUGGAUGACUACCACGUGGUGGUAGGGGAGAGUGUGGAGUUUGAGAUUGAGGUGUCGGAGGAGGGCGCCCACGUGAUGUGGUUCUAUGAGGAUCAGGAAAUCUUAAAAGACAGCGAGUCCACAAAAUAUCGGUUCAAGAAAGAUGGAAAGAAGCACAUGCUCAUCAUCCAGGAAGCGACACUCGAGGAUAUUGGAAUGUACCAUGCUUGGACAAACGGGGGGCAUACCAAGGGAGAGGUGGAGGUGGAAGAAAAACAACUGCAGGUGUUGCAGGACAUCGCUGAUCUGACAGUGAAGGCAACUGAGCAGGCUUUGUUCAAGUGCGAGGUGUCUGAUGACAAGGUCACAGGGAAGUGGUACAAGGAUGGAAUGGAAGUGAUGCCCAGCGAACGCAUCAAAAUGACACACGUCGGAAGGUUUCAUCGUCUGAUCAUUAACGAUGUGAAGCCCGGGGAUGCUGGAGACUACACGUUCGUUCCUGAUGGAUACGCUCUGUCACUUUCGGCCAAACUCAACUUCCUGGAAAUCAAGAUCGACUAUGUGCCAAGACAGGAGCCUCCAAAGAUCCACCUGGACACCACCGGUAAAAUGGUGUCCCAAAACACGAUCAUUUUGGUGGCGGGCAACAAGCUGAGACUGGAUGUCGACAUCACUGGAGAACCAGCACCUACUGUGGUCUGGUCCAAAGGAGACCAGCCAGUCACAGAGACUUCGGGGCGUGUGAGGGUGGAGAGCAAAAAGGAUUUGAGCUGCUUCAUCAUUGAGGGUGCAGAGCGGGAGGAUGAGGGCAACUACACCAUUGUUGUUACCAACCCCGCUGGAAAAGACAAGGCCGUGCUGUUUGUCAAGGUCGUAGAUGUGCCUGACCCUCCUGAGUGUGUCAAGUGCACAUCAGUGGGAGAAGACUGCGCCAGCAUCGUCUGGGAACCUCCCAAAUUUGAUGGCGGUGCACAAAUCAAGGGUUAUCUGAUGGAGAGAAAGAAGAAAGGCUCUUCCAGAUGGACAAAGCUCAACUUCGACGUGUACGAAUCGACCGAGUACGAGGCCAAGAGGAUGAUUGAAGGAGUCGUGUACGAGAUGAGGGUGUUUGCCGUCAACAGCAUCGGCCUGUCUCCGCCGAGUCUCAGCUCCAAGCCCUUCAUGCCAAUCGCCCCGACGAGCGAGCCAACACGUCUGAUGGUGCAUGACGUGACGGACAGCAUGUGCACCCUGAAGUGGCUCGCCCCGGAGAGAAUAGGAGCUGGCGGCUUGGAUGGCUACGUUAUUGAAUACUGCAAAGAUGGAGAUACUGAGUGGGUGGUGGCCAACACGGACCUGUGGGAAAAGCAGACCUAUGUGGUACGUGGCCUACCUGUGGGGGAGAAGAUCAACUUCAGGGUGGUGGCAAUGAACAUUGCAGGGCGCAGUCCUCCUGCCGUCAUGUCACAGCCCGUCACCAUCCAAGAGGUCAUGGAGCAUCCUAAAAUCCGCCUCCCUCGGCACCUGAGGACAAAGUACAUCAGGAAAGUGGGAGAAAAGAUUAACCUGACCAUCCCCUUCCAGGGUAAACCACGUCCUGUCGCAACCUGGUUCAAGGAUGGGCAACCCAUCGACCCAAAAAUCGUCAACGUCCGUACCUCCAACGUGGACAACAUCCUCUUCAUCCGUUCAGCAGAACGAGAGCACUCCGGAACUUACGAGCUGGUUCUAAAGAUCGAGAACAUGGAGGACCGGGCCAGUUUCCAACUCAGAGUUGUUGAAAAGCCGGGGCCGCCUUUAAAUUUGAGGGUGACCGAUGUGUGGGGCUUCAACGCCGCGUUGGAGUGGGCCCCCCCCACCGAUGACGGCAACUGCGAGAUCACCGGAUACACCAUCCAGAAGGCCGACAUGAAGACUAAGGAAUGGUUCACCAUUUAUGAACACAACAAACAAACGCACUGCACGGCGUCCGACCUCAUCAUGGGCAACGAGUACAUGUUUCGCGUCUACAGCGAGAACCUGUGCGGCCUGAGUGACGAGCCUCGCCACAGCAAGAACACUGCCACCAUCCCCAAAACAGGUCUGGAGCUGAAACAAGCCCCCUUCCAGGAGAAGGACAUGUCCUGUGUGCCUAAGUUCACUCAGCCCCUUGUGGACAGAACUGCGGUGGCCGGGUACAGCACUGCCAUCAGCUGUGCCGUCAGAGGCUUCCCUAAGCCCAAGAUCGUGUGGAUGAAGAACAAGAUGCGCAUCGGGGAGGACCCCAAGUACUUGAUGCAGAACAACCAAGGCGUGGUGACCCUCAACAUUCGCAAGCCCAGCACCUUCGACGGAGGCAAAUACACUUGCGUGGCCACCAACGAGCUGGGCAAGGACGAGGUGGAGUGCAAGCUGGACAUUCGAGCUCCUGCGGAUCCAAACCAGGGCUAAGGAAAGGAAGAUGUGACGUCAACUCAAGAGUGGAC